CAGCACAAUUUGUGCUGCGUUGGGCUAAGCUUUGAAGGCUGCCCAUUCUCGAAAACACAGGAGGGAGGGAGGAGAAGAAUGUCGGCGAAAUUUGGGGAUGAGACCAUUUAUUUACAUGGAGAUUUGGAGCUGCGCGUCAUCGAGGCUCGAAAACUGCCCAACAUGGACCUGGCUACAGAGCGCCUCCGCCGCUGCUUUGCUUGCGAUGCCUGCAGGACGACGGAUGACUUCGAGGGGGAGAGCGCCGGAGAGAACCAGGAAAUGAAACCCUAUCGCCGGGGAAUCAUUACGAGCGACCCUUACGUCACCGUGUCCGCUCCCCAGACUGCACUUGCUCGGACUCGGGUCAUACCCAACUCUCAGAAUCCCGUUUGGAAUGAGGAAUUUCACAUCCCCAUGGCUCAUCCUCUGGUCAAUUUGGAGUUCAGGGUUAAGGAUGCUGAUGUCUUCGGAGCUCAGAUUAUGGGCAAAGUGAAAAUUCCUGCACAGAGGAUUGCCUCGGGGGAACUCAUCUCCGGUUGGUUUCCUAUAAUUGGGCCCUCGGGGAAGCCCCCUAAGCAGGAUUCGGCUCUCCGAAUUGAAAUGAAGUUCACCCCCUUUGAAACCAAUCCCUUGUAUAAUAAGCAUGGCAUUGCGGGCGACCCUCAGCAUUUGGGAGUGAGGCGCACAUAUUUCCCACUGCGAAAAGGGUCUUUAGUUAAGCUGUACCAAGACGCCCAUGUUAGCCAUGAUGUAAAAUUCCCGCCCAUUGAAUUGGACGGGGGCAAAAUGUAUCAGCAGGGCACUUGCUGGGAAGAUAUAUGCUAUGCGAUUUCAGAGGCUCAUCACUUGAUAUACAUUGUUGGCUGGUCUGUUUUUCACAAGAUUAAACUGGUAAGAGAGCCUACUAGGCCACUGCCGCGAGGCGGGGAUUUGAAUCUUGGUGAAUUGCUUAAGUACAAGUCGCAGGAAGGGGUACGAGUCUUGAUACUACCCUGGGAUGACAAAACUUCUCAUGACAAGUUCUUCAUUAACACGGCUGGAGUGAUGGCAACCCAUGACGAGGAGACCAAGAAGUUUUUCAAACACUCAUCUGUGAUUUGUGUGCUGUCACCACGCUAUCCGAGCAGUAAGCUUAGCUACAUGAAACAGCAUGUUGUCGGAACCAUGUUUACCCAUCACCAGAAGUGUGUACUCGUGGACACACAGGCUCAUGGCAACAAUAGAAAAAUAACAGCUUUCUUGGGUGGUCUUGAUCUCUGUGAUGGUCGUUAUGAUACACCGGAACACCGUUUGUUCCGCGAUCUUGAUACUGUAUACAAAGAUGAUUUUCAUCAGCCUACAUUUCCUCCUGGGACCAAGGCUCCAAGAGAGCCAUGGCAUGACUUGCACUGCAGAGUUGAUGGCCCUGCUGCAUAUGACGUGCUUAUAAAUUUUGCACAACGUUGGAGGAGAGCAACAAAGUGGAGAGAAUUUGCAGUACUAAGAAAAAAGAUGUCUCAAUGGCAUGAUGAUGCAAUGAUAAAAAUUGAGCGCAUAUCAUGGAUACUUAGCCCUGCAUUUUCUAUAACAAAGGAAACAACAUUGAUUCCUGAAGAUAAUCCAAAACUUUAUGUAUCCGAGGAGGGCCAGCCAGAUAACUGGCAUGUGCAGAUAUUCCGCUCCAUUGAUUCAGGUUCUGUGAAGGGUUUCCCCAAAAAUGUUGACAUUGCAACAUCACAGGUAUACAAGCCAUCUUCACCCUUCACCUCUAAUAAUCUUAAUGCCUUUCCAUGUUGCUAACAAAUACUCCCUCUAUCCCAAAACAAACAACUUAUUUUCUUUUUUGGCCCGUCCCAAAAUAAAAAUUUAUUUCAUUUUUGGCAAGGAAUAUGUGUUAAACACAAAUGACAAUUCUUGGGGGCGGGGGGGGGGGGGGGUGAAUAGA